GUCUAACAGCAAAAAGCCUGCAGGGGAAAAAACAAAUAGAUAUAGUAACAGAUAAACCUACGCUUAAAACAACGAUAAUGCUAUCUUUAAAAAUGACUUUAGUAUUCUUGUGAUAAUCUCGUCGUCCCACUUUGCAGCCUGCGCGAGCUCUUCAGAGUGUGUUUGCAUUCCACCGGAACUGCAGCAGCGUCCUGUCGUAUAAAGAAGAGCCAGCAGCAUCUGAUUCAAAGCUUUUCUCCCGAAUGCAAAAUGAAGUUGACAUGCUGAGAUCUUCGACUCUAUGCAUACUGAAAACUGCUGAAUGUAUUUGCAUUUAUCAAUGGAUUCAUUUGAUUUGCAUGAAUUAAUGGAUUUUGAAGUUAAGUCAUGUACUGCUGCUCUUCUCUUCAAUGCAACGAAUUGGGAUCUCCCAGGAUAGCGAGUAUAACAGGGCUGUUUUGAGACUCCUCCCCCGGGAAUGAACGCGUGUGGUGAGUAUGAUGGGCAGAGGAGAGGAUGCUAUAGAAUCGUAUUGCGUUUUGUUGGAGAGUUUGAGGUCUGUGCUUGGAAAAAGCUGCUUUGCUUUCCUGUGAUCCUACAAAGCAAUUGUGAUACGUUGUUAUGGACCAGAGGCAGAUUUAUGAAUAGAACCGUGAGGCUAUGCUUGCAUGUUUUUAAUACUAUUAUGCAUUAUUUGUAACUAUAUAGGAAUAAUAAUUAUUUGUAUAUUUCAUUAUUGACUCUAUGCAACUGCAAUGAUAGGAGGUCCUAUAAGCUACUUAUUUAGUUCUGUACAUGAUUCAUAAUUUUGGGAUGCAAAAAUCCAAUGUUUGUUUUAUAUCUAUAGAUAAUGGCAUGUUUCUGUUAUUGCACAGAUGCACAGGCUUGGUACUACUUACUUGUGUAUGUCAGCUGUUUGUCAGACUUGUCCACAGCUCAAAUAUAGCUGUCAAGGUCAAUUUAUUGCCAGCUUUAGUUUAAAACCUAAAAAAAAGUUACAGUCGGGUCUCCUCUUAAACUGGAAUCAAAUGGUGGCAAGAUGGGAAACGUAGUUUAUUGCUGCCGCAAGGUGUCCGAUUUUAUUCACGGUAGAGCAAGUGGCGACCAGAACGAGGAGCAAUCUCCACUCCUUUCCAGGGAGAAUAGUGACCUAGAAAGCCUCUCUCCUUCAAAGACCUCAGCUGACCCGCUGGCAUCUCCGGUUUUGAACCAGGAUCACCUUCUCUUCCCUGACAUUGUGCUAAGCAGUCAUAUUGGGGCAGCUUUGGGUACAGAAGACUCAGUUCAGCCCUUCGAGCUUCUGUUGGCAACGAGGAGACAAGCACGAGGUGUCAGAAGCAACCAGAAUGGAGGAGAGAGAGGGGCGGUGAGCCAGCCAAGCACAAAUGUCAUUCAUCAGGAGUUCACAGAGAAGGGCACAAAUCAUUUACGUUCCCGAGAGGAUGAAUGGCCACUGCUGUCUUCGCUCUACUUGAUACCUUUAGAUCAACCGAAUGCCUCUUUGCAUCCAAACCGAAUAUGUACUUAUGGACAGGGAACGGACUCAACUUUCCUCAGCCAAGGAACACGUGAAGAUGUAAAUAACCAUGCCAUAUCUAGACCGUACCCUUCACAGACUGAACAUGACUUAAGUCACAGAGAUGAUGUUUGGACUCACGUCACAUAUGUAGAACAGGAUGAGAUGUUGGAUAAGACCACGGAUCUACUGGCGGAAAAUAAACUAAAAGAAUGUGGCAAAGAACGACAGAAAUAUCCUAACAGUGCAGCACAAACAAAUCUAAACGCGAUAACGGAACGUGCAUGUGGUCUAAGGGAAGGUCCUGUACCUCACGAAAAGCAAAGGCGAGCACAAAACUGGCAUUUCACAGCACAAGAAGAACAAUCUAUAGAUCCAGAUGUUCCGGAAACACCAGAGCGAAAUGUGGAGACGUUUGAGAUGGGAGUUAUAAAAAGAGAGCGUGUAAGUGCCACCAGUGAAGAUCUUCUAAAGAAUAAAUCCACUCAUUUUGACUGGAUGGAGAAGCAAACAUCUCAUAUAAAGCAAACAACAGUGGAAACCGAAGACCCUGCACCACCUGAGCUAAUCUUGACAGACCAUCAGAUAAGUGAGAUGGAAGAACGUCUAAUGGAUGAGGAUCUGAUACGGAAAAAGAAAGCAGUAGAGCGAACGCAAUGGGACUCUGAACAAAUAUCGCUUGCUGUCUCCCAGGUGGAACAGAGGACGGAUCAGACCGAGCGCUUUACCCUGUUCGUGGUUGAUAAGCUGUUUCUAGACACUCCGAACUUUACAGGACCCAGAUUUGACACCGUGCUCGACGGUUAUGUACUAGACACUAAUGCAGGUGAUAUGACAGAUCAGGUCGAGGGUGAAAGCAAGAUACAAGAGCUUCCUGCUAUUCCUGACAUGGACCCAUCUGAAGAUGCAGGGUUCACAGUCAAGAUCCAGGCUCCUGGAACAGAAACCACUGACUUCCAGGUGUCGCCUUUAGCAAUGGUGCAGGAAAUCAGGCAGGUGUUGAUGGAUCGAGAAGAAACCUGUCGACGCACCUGCUUCUCCCUUCAGCUGAAUGGAGUCACAGUUGACAACUUUACCCACUUAAGAACCAUACCUCGCCUUCAAGAGGGCUCGCUUCUGAAGGUCGUAGAGGAGCCAUACACCGUUCGAGAAGUGCGUAUCCAUCUCCGCCACAUCAGAGAGCUUCUCAAGAGUCUGGACAUCACCGACGGCUACAAUGGAGUGGAAGGGAGCUCACCAUCUUUUCUCAGCUAUUUCAUUGAGGAUCGGAUGGAAGAGGGCAGCAUGCCUAAGAGAAAAAGCGAUGGUCUGAAGUAUGCAGGUUGCAGCCCUCCGGAGCACAUUCUUCCAGGUUGUGAGAAACGUUUGCUGGUGCCCCUGCAACUUCCGGCUAACUUUGGAAAGUUCACAGAGUGCCUGAAGGUCCUGACCAUGAGUAGCUGGAAUCCCCCUCCUGGAAACCGAAAGAUGCACGGAGACCUAAUGUAUCUCAGUGUGGUGACCAUGGAAGACAGACACUUUAGUGUAACCGCAUCGACUCGAGGGUUCUACGUAAAUCAGUCUACGGCUUACAGCUUUAAUCCAAAGCCGGCCAAUCCCAGCAUGCUUAGUCAUGCUCUACUGGAUCUCCUGGUUCAGAUCAGUCCCGGUUUUAAGAAGAAUUUCAGUGCCUUGCUAAAAAAGAGAGGGAGCACACACCCCUUUGAAAGGAUUGCCACACCGUUCCAAGUGUUCAGCUGGACCGCUCCAGCCCUUGAUCACACGAUGGACUGUGUUCGAGCAGAGGACGCCAGCUUCUUCCGCACGGGUUAUGAAGAACAUCUGCCUGGACAGGCUUGUGACUGGAAUGAAGAACUUCAGAGCACAAGAGAGCUUCCUAGAAAGAACCUGACCGAUCGUCUGAUGAGGGAUCGAGCUGUGUUUAAGGCUAACAGUGAUUUUGUGAGCACAGCGGCGCGGGGAGCCAUGGGAGUGAUCGACGGGAACGUGAUGCCCAUCAACCCCAGUGAAGAACAGCGGCAGCAGAUAUUCAUCUGGAGCAACAUUUUCUUCAGCUUCGCCUUUGACGAACACGACCAAUACAGAGAUCUGGGAGGAGAGGCUGCCGCCCAUGCCGCCCCCGUUCUCGACCUGAAUGGCGUGAGGGCGUACUGGGCAGUGGAUCAAGAAGGCCUGUACCUUCUCGGCACAGCAGUGGUGGAUUACCGUGGCUACCGUGUCACCGCCCAGACCAUCGUGCCAGGGAUUCUGGAGCGUGACAGAGAACAAAGUGUUGUCUAUGGCUCCAUUGACUUUGGCAAGACUGUGGUUUCUGACAACAGGUAUCUGGAGCUGCUUGACAAGCCCAGUAAGAAACUGAGAGUGCAACGUCAACUCGUGCUAAACAAAGAUGAUACACCGGUAGAGUUGUGUUCCUCGGUGGAGCACAAGGGCAUUGUGGGUAACGAUGGUCGUCGAUACAUCCUCGAUCUUAUUUUUACUUUCCCGCCUGACCUGAAUUUUCUUCCUGUGGAAGGAGAAGAUUUAAAUCCUGUGUGUCAACAGCUAGGCUUCCCAAAGCGACAUCCUCAUCACCUGGUGUGCCUGAGACAGGAGCUUAUUGAGGCCUUUGUGGAGCACAGAUACCAGAUAUUUAUAGAGACAGUCUCCCAAAGUCCAGAGCAUAACAAAGAAAUCAACAAACCUCUUGGCACAUCUCCAAUAAAGAGCAAUUCAACUGCAUCCCCUCAGCAUCCCAUAACAGCUGUCACUCGCUCAGACCCUGAUGCGGAACACCAUACACCACAGCCUAUGUCUGUCCACAACAUCCAGCUGGAAUCUUCAAUCAAGCAUAUCUUCUCCUCUCUCAGGAAUACUUUUGAUAUUCAUUUCAAUCCAAAUGUGUUCUGUUCAGGUGUACGUUUUCCCAAGGAAAGUGCAGAAGAUAUUCAGAAACAGAAACGGCAACUAAAGGAUGCUGCAGAAUUCCUGUUAUCCAAUCAAAUCCCAGCUUUUGCUAAGAGUUGCCUUGACCACAGAGCAAUGCCUAUGGAUGGCAUGACGUUGACAGAGGGGCUGCAUCAGCACGGCAUCAAUAUUCGCUACCUGGGCACUGUGCUUGAGUAUAUUGAGAAGAUACCUCAGAAAGAAAGACUUGAUCAUGUAUAUAGAGUUGCAUUGUGUGAGCUGAUCACCAGAUGUGCGAAACAUCUCUUUAAGACGUAUCUUCUGGCAGUGGAACCAUCUGCGCUCUCUUCAUCCGUCAGCCAUUUCCUCAACUGCUUCCUGAGCUCAUUCGCCGACGCCGGGGUCAUCCAACUGAACGACAGGUGGGCUUCCAGAUGCAGGAGGAGGCGGAGUCGCCCAAAAAUGGGCGAAACCAUCACGGCCUGGACCAACCUCACUCCGUGUGACCUCUGGAAAGCCAUCGGAGCUGAAUCUCAGGAGUACUACCAUUACGUCAUGCCAUGUGGAAGUGUGAAGGAAGCCGUGGAGAAAUGCCGUUUACAGAGAACCACGUUGCUCAGAGAGAUUGCCAUCAAAACGGGCAUUCAGAUUCUUUUAAGAGAGUAUAACUUUGAGAAUACUGUGAACAGAGCAGUGUUCACUGAGGAGGACAUCCUGAAUAUUUUCCCUGUAGUGAAGCACAUCACACCAAGGGCCAGUGAUGCCCUUCAUCUUCUGCGUUGUGGUCAGUCAAAGGUACAGCAAGGUUGUCUGAAGGAGGGCUGUGAGUUAAUAAGUCAGGCUCUGGGUCUCUUCACUAAUGUGUAUGGAGCUCUGCAUCAGGAUGUCUGUGUGUGUCUGCGGCUGCUGGGACGGAUUCACUACAUCCUCGGAGACUACGCUGAGUCCCUCAGUCACCAGCAGAGGGCGGUACUGAUCAGUGAGAGAGUUCUGGGGAUCGAGCAUCCAAACACUAUACAGGAAUAUAGGAGCCUUGGGCUUUAUUGUUUUGCUGUUGGGCAGACAGCGACUGCUUUACGAUUGCUGUACCGAGCUCGCUACCUGAUGCUCCUGGUGUGUGGAGAGGACCAUCCUGAGAUGGCUUUAUUAGACAACAAGAUAGGUCUUAUACUGCACAGUAUGAUGGCCUGUGAUCUUGCGCUCAAGUUCCUGGAGAACGCUUUUAUCCUGACCUCCAAAUACCAAGGAUCAUCAUCUCUUAAACUGGCACAAAGUCACCACUUAUUAGCAAGGGUGAAUGAGAGUAAAGGAGAUUUCCGUGCCGCGUUGAGGCAUGAAAAGGAGCGCUAUGGCAUAUACAAGAAACAGGUAGGAGAGGCUCACGAGAAGACACGGGAAAGUUCAGAAUACCUGAAACAUCUCACACAUCAGGCUGUGAUUCUGCAGAAAACUAUGAACUGGCUCUACAGAACUGGCUCAGACCCUAAUAUUGCUCCGCUUAAUCUAAAUGCUCCAAGUCGCGUCUGGAUAGUGGAGCAACUAAAUCUUGUCACUGGCAUUGUCCUUAUUCCUCUCAGUAACAGCGACCUUGAGAAACUCAGGACCGACACUCAGAAAACAACACAGCUGCAUAAACUCCAACAUGAUGCUCAGUCAAUGGAGGAUCUGCAGGACUCGUCUGAGCACCAUGGCACAUUGCAGGCUAUGACUCAAGAGGACUAAUGCUUAGUAAUUUAAGACUGUAUUCACAAAAGUGAACAAUAUCCGAAUGUAUCUCCAAAUAAUUAGUACUUUUCUAAGGUUAAGACAUAUUGUUAUACAAUAUAAAAAUAGAAAAGGCAUAAGCAAACUGUACUCUACAUGCCGGAUGUCCUUAAAGUUUUUGAUGACUUUGAAACUCUAUAGAUGUCGAAGAUAGUACAGCACAGCCUUUAAAAAGCAUGAGCUAAAGGUUUUGCACAUUUAUAUACCUGACUCUCUGAGGUUUAUGUCUUAAUUCAUGUUUGUCUGUUUUGAAUGCACUCUGUGGGGCGGUUUCCCAGACAGGGAUUAUCUUGAGCCAGGACUAGGAUUUAGUUAAAUUAGGAUAUUUAAAUUGUUUUUAAAAACACACUUUACAAAAAAACGUGUGCAUCUUGAGACAAAACAAUUGCAAUGAUAUAUUUUAAGAAAUGUCAGUGCAAGUUGUAUUCUAUCAAGACACCCAUAACAUGUAAAUUAGUCUAUGACUAGGCUUAAACUCUGUCCUGGAAAAUGCCCCUAUAUGUACAAGGGCCACGGAGAUACUUGUUAAGAGGGCUAAUGCAUGCAUUUCAUACUUCACUGACUUUGGCUUGAUUUUAUGCAAUGUAGGCCAAGAAAUAAAUUAUUGCAUUGUGACUAAAUGCUUUGUGAAAGUGCCAACACAAAUAAAGCUAAACACAGUUGAAUCUCACAGUGGUCUCUUCUUUAUGUAUUUGCAUCAAAAUCAGAGAAAGUUUACUUUCAUUAAUUCUUCUUAGUCAUUUAUCUUAUUUACAUCUUAAGUAGAAAUGCAAUUAUGUGUGGUUAUGUAAAUUCAUUCUGCAUGCCUCACUGUCUAUGAGCAAUUGCACACAUAAGAGAGGCAGAUUCAUUACUUCAGACGUUCAGCCAUCCACAUAAGAUCUUCAAUUUUUUUUCAUUUUCUGCAUGCAGAUUGUUUAUUUAUGAUGUUGACUAUACAACAGGCUAUUUACAUUUAA